CUCGAGCGGCGCACGGCCACUGCGCACAAGCUGCCAUGACCCAGAUCCAACCGCCCACAUCGCCCGUCCCGCCAGCGCCGCAGAGCGACGACUCGGCCCGCGUCUCUCGCGCCAUCAACCUCGCCGCCGAGCUGUUCGAGGCGCCCGCCGUGACGGGUGCCAGGUUCGUCGGGCGCGCCGACAAGCAGUCUAGCAGCUCGACCCUCCUCGUCUCGCUCUCGCAGCGCUCGCUGUCGGGCCUGACCAAGCGCAGCGCGACCCAGAGCCUCGUGCUCGGCGGCCCCGACUCGGACGUCGUCGCGACCACCCCGGUCUCCUUCACCUCCGAGGAGGUCAAGCACGUCUCGCUCUCGCCAGAUGGCUCGCGUCAAGCCGUCUUCCGCCAGAUCGCCGCCAAGGACGGCAAACCCGCCCGCAAGGUCGUAGAGAUCGUGCGCGUGCUCGACGGCCGCAAGGAGGACGAGCUCGACCUGUCCAACGAGCACGGCGACUUCUACUUCGACUCGACCUUUGGCUCGGCCUCGUGGCACCCGUCGUCGACCUCGCUCGUGUACACGGCCGAGGCGCCGUCGCCCAAGCCCGACCCGUCGGCCACUCGCCCGUCGGCGGUCAAGUUCGAGUACACGCCCGACUUUGGCGAGACGUUCACCGGCCGGCGCGAGCCGACCCUGUUCCUGCUCGUUCUCGCCGACUCGUCGUUCCAGGGCGCCCUGCAGCAGGACGAGCCCACCCUGUCGACCCAGGACGCGCCGACGCAGAGCAAGCCCGCCCUGUCGGUUCACCGCCUCACGUCGCCCAACCUCGCGGGCCCCGUCGUCUUUGGUCAAGCGGCCUUCCUCCCCAACACGGACCGCCCGAGGCUCGUCGCGACGGGUUACGCGCCGCUCGGCGACGGGCGCAAGCUCGGCAUCGUGUACUGCACCAACCGGCGCGCGCGCAUCUACGCCCUCGAGGUCAAGGCCGAGCACAAGGCCGCCGCCGACGACGAGGAUGGCCACGGCGACGACGCCGACAUGCCCAAGGUCGUGUUCCGCACCUCGUCGGCCACGCCCAUCUCGUCGGCCAGUCGCUCGGCGCGCUCGCCGCGUGUCCUGCCCUUGGCCGCCGACUCGCACCAGACCGCGCGCGUCGUCUACAUCUCGAACGCGCUCGGCGGGCCGCACGCCUCGUGUGCGGCGCUUGAGCUCGCGACCCUGUCGGCGUCGCUCUCGGUCGACGAGGCUCGCACCGUCGUCGACGUCGUCGACGAGCCGAGCAGCAGCAGCGGCGACGCGUUCCCGGGCCUGUACGUCGACCAGCUCCCGCACGAGCCGUUCGUCGUCGUCGACGGCGGCGGCGCACAGGGCGAGGUCGCCGUCGCCAUGACGUCGGUGUGGCGCACGAGGCGCGUCCCGCUCGUGGUCGGGCUCGAGUCGGGUCGCGUGACGAGCCUCGCGCCGUGGCCCGAGCGACGCACGAGUGUCGACGCGGCGCUGCCGUACCUGUACCUCGGCGACGGCAAGGGCGAGGGCAAGAGCGAGGCGGGCGGCGACGAGCAGGAGCAGCUCGAGAGCUUCUCGGUGCUCGGGACGGACGGGCAGGACAGGGUGGUCGCGUUGAGGAGCGGGCCUGGGUCACCGCCGCGGUUGGUCGUCGCCCAUGUGCAGGAGGGCUCGAGCGCCAGGUGGAAGGUGCUCAAGGAUGCGCCCGUGUCUCACGAGCUCACCUCGGCCCUGUCGCGCAUCUCGUACACAAUCCUCCCUCUCCCCAAGUUCGAGCCGACCGAGCUCGUCCUCGUUUCGCCCAUCCCGAUUGACCCGGCCGCCGAGUCGAGCGUCAACUUGCCACCGCUCGUCGUCAUCCCGCAUGGCGGGCCUCACGGCGCGUCGACGACCGACUGGAGCUACGCGACGGCGGCGCUCGUCCUCGCUGGCUACCGGGUCGUGCUCGUCAACUAUCCCGGCAGCGUCGGCUAUGGCCAGCGCUACAUCGACGAGCUGCCGGCGCGCAUCGGCGAGCUCGAGGUCGAGGCGACGCUCGGCGCGGCCCACUACCUCAACGCGCUGUCGCUCGCGAGCCGCACGAGGGGCAAGAAGCUCCUCAUGGGCGGCUCGCACGGCGGCUUCAUCGCGAGCCACCUGACGGCACGGUGGCCCGACGAAUUUGACGCCGUCGUCCAGCGCAACCCGGUCACGGACCUCGUCGCCAAUUCUUCCAACAGCGACAUCCCCGAAUGGCAGUGGCUCGAAGCCGGACUGCCGUACUCGUUCGACGGGCCGCCGACGCACGUCGACCCGGCGACGCACAAGCGCUUCUACGACGUGUCGCCGCUGCGCCACGCGCACCAGGUCAAGACGCCGACGCUCCUCCUCAUCGGCCUCGACGACCGUCGUGUGCCAUCCGACCAGGGCCGAGCAUGGUUCCACGCCCUCAAGAGCCGACCGGACGGCGCGGCCGCCAAGGUCGACGUCGAGAUGCUCGCGUUCCCGGGCAACGGGCACCCGAUCGACAGCACGGUCGAGGCCGAGUGGUGCGCGUUCGAGGCGGGCGUCGAGUGGCUCGCGCGCUACACGAGCUGGGACUAGCAUUGAGCGUGCGAGCGGCGGACGUAGUUCGCGAGCUGGGAGUUGGGAGCUUCGACGACGUGCAACUGAGCUCUUGAGCAGUG